AUGACUGAAAAAGUUUAUGAAGAGUUGGAUAAGGCAAAAGCUGAAAUUGAAAAGCUCAGGUCAGAAUAUCAUGUGAAAUCCAAUCUGUGUAACAGCUUGAAGAGAUCACAUGAUGAUCAAAUCAAAAGAAUCCAAGAACUCAAUCUGAAACUCGAGCAACAAUCACAGGAAGUAGAAGCAAAAACAGAUGAAAUCCAUGCUGCAAAUCAAUCACUCAAAGAACUCCAAUCCAAACUUAAAGAUAAAGAGAAUAUCAUCAAGAGUUUCACUUCUACCAAUGAUAAGCUUCGUAUUGAUUUCAAUUCAAAACUUCAGGAAACCGAAGAGGAGAAAAUCAACCUUCUUUCUUCAUUAGAUGAAGCCAAUAUGAAAAUCUCAGAUCUAGAGCAAAAAAACCGUGAUUUUAUGGACAAGAUUGAGGUUCUGAAAGAAGGGAUUGUGUCUGUUUCACAGAAGAAAUGUGCAAGUGAAAGCAAAGUGGCUAAAGCCUCCAAACAAAUGAGAGAAAGAGGAGAUAUGUUUGAAAAGCUGGAAGAGGAAAAAGUGAAGCUUGAAGAACAGAUUAAAUGGAAGAAUGAACAAUUCAAGCACUUAGAAGAAGCCCAUGAAAAACUUAGAGAUAAACUUCGCACCAAAGAAAAAGAAUGGGAUAUGGAAAAAAGUUCUUUUUUUGAUGAAAUAUCCACAUUGGAAACAAAGUUAGAUUCUCAAAUCACGCUUUCUGAAGAUCUAAAAAGACGAUUAGAGGCAUCCAAUCAAGAUCUUGCUCAUGAAAAGAAUCAAAGAAAGAUUCAGAUUCAAGAAGCGAAUAACUCAUCUUCUAUUGCAAAGCUUCAAAAAAAGCUUAAGACUUUGGAACAGAUUCAUAGUAAAUGUUCUGGUCAAAUUGAAGUCAAAGAAGCUGAAUGGAGAUCUCAAAUGGAAAAAGUUGUUUCAGACUUGAAUUCUUGCAGAAAAGAGAUAGAAAAGAAAGAUUCACAUUUGAAGAAGAUUACGAAAGAGUUAGAUGGUUACAACUCUUUAAUGUUAAAGUCAACAAUGGAGAAAGAAGAGUCUGAAGUCAUGAUAGUGACAUUAAAGUCAACCCUUUUGGAGGCCAAAUUAAAGAUUCAUGAUCUUGUUAAAUUUCAAGAAAGUAUGAAAGAACAAGAUGCAGAAAUGGAGUCAUUGAAAAAAGAGAUGAAGAAAGUAUGUGAUUUGUUAGAUAUGGCAAAUGAAGAAGUAGCUGAGAAAUGUUGUGAAGUAAAUGAAGUUGAAUUUGAGCUCCAAAUAUGGAAAUCGAUUGCUGAAAAUCUAAAAGUCAACUUAGAAGUCAACCAUCAAAUGAGACGUGAAGUGGAAGCUUCUUUAUUAUCUCAAGUCGCCAUUGAAGUAAACCUAAAAGAAGAAAAUGAAGAAAAGGGUAAGAGAAUCAAUGAUCUUGAACAACAACUUGAAGAAUUAAAGAAAAAAAUGGAAAUGCAUACCCUUUUGAGAUUUAGUAAAGAAAAGCAAAGUCUUGAUAAGAUCGUAGAAGAGAAAGAUGAGAGGAUUAAGAAUCUUCAAAAGAUUAUGGAAUCUUUGGAGGAAGAAUUUAAUGAUUCGAGUGUUUGUUUUUCUUCUCAAUUAUCAAAAAUGCAAAGUGAGGUGAAUCUUUUUCAUGAAGCUUGGGAGAAGAUAAGAACAAGCGUGGUGAUGAAGGAGAUUGAAGUGGAAUUAAGGGAUUUGAUGAUUGUGGAAAUGGAAAAAGAUUUAGAGAAGAUAUUUUUAGAGAAGGAAAAGUUGAUGGAGAUUAUUGGAGGUGUUUCUGAAAGGAUUAAUAAGUUAUCAAGAGAAGAUGGACAAAUGAUGGGAACUUUGAGAAGUAUAGUGAUGAGUUUUGAUGAUGAAAAAGACCGUUUUGACCCUGUGAAAGAAAACACAAAUGUGUUUCAGUCUCCUAAAAGGAGGACUAUGGUGGAAAGUGGUCAUGAUCUUCGGUCACCGUUGAGAGCUCUCAACAAUUAG